CCGAGAUACUUGAAGAUUAACUGCUGGAGUUUACGGAACGCACCCCUCCAAAACCAUAAAUAUUCUACUUAUCUUAUAUAUGGCUUAUAAUAAUUUUAAGCCGUCUGCUUGUUUUCUCGACUUUAUUUACUUUUUAUAACUGCUUUUUAACUCACUGCAAGUAGCAAAUGUGACACUAUAACCUCGCUUGUUCAUUGCAAGGAAUACUUAAAUAAAUGAUGAGAAUUUCCUACGAAUUUACAUGAUGGAACAAGAGUUAAUGCAAUCUAUAAGCGUAGGAAAAGAAGCAACGUCAAAAACUACUGCACUUGUUCUUGCGGGAAUCACAGGAGGAAUUGGAUUGGCUAUUACUGCUGUUUGUAUUCCGUUUGUCGCCCCAGGGUUCAGAAGGAUAUGCUUACCCUAUGUUCCUGCCACAACUGAACAAGUUAAAAAUAUCUUGCAAGCUUUAAAGGGACGUUCUGGCUCACUUAUUGACAUAGGAAGUGGUGAUGGUCGCAUAGUUGUCGCUGCUGCUAAGGCCGGAUUUCAAGCACACGGAGUAGAGCUUAACCGAUGGCUAGUCUAUUAUUCCAGAAUUUUUGCACUUGCUCAAGGUUUAUCAUCAAAGACGUAUUUUUUUAAGAAAAAUUUGUGGAAAUUCAACUUAAAUAAGUAUGAUAAUGUUGUCAUUUUUGGGGUUGAAGAAAUGAUGGACGAGCUUCAAGAAAAAUUCAAGUCAGAGUUGAAGCCCAAUUGUUCAAUAGUGGUUUGCCGAUUCCCCCUUCCAAAUUAUAAACCAAUUGUUAUUAUUGGCGAAGGUGUCGAUGCCGUUUGGGUGUACGAAACUCCUUUGAAGUAGACCAACUCGUAUAUAUAAUUUUAUUUUGUACAUUCAUUCAA